CAUAUGGAUGCUGUCUUAUCAGCUGUUCCAAUACUAUUUUCCCAAAUAAAUAAAUAUUACAUUCACUCAUACAUAACCGUAAAUUCAGUUUAAGGCAAUCAAUUAAUUCAUGCAAAUGGUUGGCACUUUUCUUCUAUAUUUGGUGGCACUCACUCCUCUGAAAAAUCACAGCAACACCAGCGAUGAAAGCUAUCAAAAGCUGCCGCGCUUUUGGACAAACACUGGCUUUUGUCCGUACGGAGAAAUUAAACGGGAUAAUCUGAAGGCUGUGCUGUUGUCCGAUGAGGUGCAAAUGAAUCUGAUGCAUAUCGCUGCACUGCCCACUGGAGCAGUGAGCCACAUACGCAUCCACUGGCUACUCAAACUUGUAAAAUUCAUAGAAUAUACUCCGACUGGAAUUCCCAUUUACGAUUUCAGCGAUUUAGAUGCAUUUAUAUUGAAUUUGAAUGAUUUGGGACUGUACCCGGUUAUUGAGUUUAUGACGGAUAUCGAUGGGAUUUUAGUGAAUAAUUGGGAUAUUGCAGCUUUCUUAUGGCAAGAUUUCAGCUACCAAGUUACUAAGCACUAUCUAAAUCUGCUGGGCGCAAAGAAACUGGCGAAGUGGCGGUUUGAGACCUGGAAUGAACCGGAUGUCCUUAAUUACAAUCGCUUGAAUUUCACGAUAAAAGGAUUUCUCGAAUAUGCUAUGGCUCUGCGCAAAGGUCUCACAGAUGCUAGUCGUAAGCCAGUAGACUCACUUCAUCUUGCAAUACGUGGGCCAGCAGGAUUAUUCAAAUCAAAAAGUGACCAUCCACUAUGUUGGGCAUUACUUGAAGCCUGCAAUUCACAAAUAAAUAAUUGUCCAAUAGAAGUUCUCACCUACCAUCGAAAAGGCCAAGGUCUAGCAGCUGAAGUUUUAGAAACAUCGAGGCAGUUAUUGAAAAGUAUUUAUGCAAAAUAUGACAAUAUUAAGUCGAUGCCUGUGUCUAACGAUGAGGCGGAUCCUAUAGCAGGUUGGUCUACACCUCAGGAUUACCACGAGGACGUUCGGUAUGCCGCAAAACUUGUUUUCAUUAUGUUUUUGCACUGGCGUGCUAAAUUGGAGCUUAGAGAGUUCAAAAAUCUCGAGUCCAUCAGCCAUGACAAUGCAUUUAUUAGUUAUCAUCCGUUCGAAUUUGCACAGAGAACUCUUUUAGCACAUUUCCGUAUGAAUAACUCGAAAUCAGUGCACUCGCAAUUUAUACAAAAACCCGUCUAUGCAGCCCUGGGUAUGCUAUCGAAGCUGGCACCACUUGCAGCCGAUGUUGAAACAAUCACAGUUAAUAGUUCCAAUAAUGGAAUAUGGCUUUUAAAAACACGGUCCACUGAUGACAAACCUCUUUACUUGAGUUGGUUGCUUUUACCGCAGGAGAACACCACGAGUUUGGGCCAUUUCACAUUUCAUCGUCAAUUACCCUUCGAUCUAUGCACCAAGGAUACUUUCGGCUACGUGAUUGAGGUAUUGGAACAGGGUGACACAGACCCAGUCCACAUUUGGCGAACUAAAGCCAACGCAACACCUUUUCCGGAUGCAAUGCAACGUGCAGCAAUGCGACACGCUCAAACUCCACGAUUGCAAUCAACCGGUAUUUUAUCGACACCUGAACUGAAAGUAUAUAUUGGGGAUUUCCAAAUUCCUUGGAUUCUGUUAUUUCGCGUUUGCUCAAUUUUUUCACCUACUUUGAAGCCACCAACACAACCAAUGAUUACAAAAGUUACAGGAGGAGAAGUAUUUAUUAUUUGGCGCGAAGAUGGGGACACUAAGCAAUGUCUUAAAACUUAUGAAGUUUGGUUUCAAGCAAAUGAGACUGUAGAAUGGAGCUUUAUUAGUGAAGACUGGCACUUGCCUUUUCCAUCUUUUCAUUUUGCGCCGGUAGAUGCCUCUGUUGAUGGGUUCUAUAAGAUCCGAGGUUUGGAUUUCUUUAACAAGCGAAGCAAAUUUUCCGCAAGAGUUGAAUAUAUUGAAAUAUGAAUAAAUACGUUUCAAUUCUGUUAAUUCCUUUGGUAUAUAAUUGUUUGUGUGUAUAAUAGAAAAAUUAUAAAAUAUAUAUUUGCUUGAGCGGGCGCAUGCAGAUUGCAUUCAGUAUAAGUUUCACGUAGUUUAAUUUAGACCAAAAAUAUAUUAAUUAGCAUUCACAUUUAUCUAGGCUAUCAAACUAAUAAAAAAGCAUGUACAU